AUGGCCGAACAACUUUCAACCCCGCGCAUCACCGCCGCAUAUCUCGACAAUUUUGUCGGCCGAGUCGUCAUGCUUGUGGGUGAAGUGACUCAACUUCGAGGUGAUCAGGCAACUUUGGAGUCUGACGGAACUGUCACUGUCUUGCUAAACAGAAGACUUCAGGAUGCCCAUCUCUCAAACGGAAAUACCGUGCAGGUCAUUGGAAAGGUCAACCCGGACCUGUCGAUCAAAGUUUUGACAUCCCGGGACUUGGGUAAUACUGUGGAUCAUGGCCCUUUCCAGUCCUCACAACCAUACGCCCCACGUGUGGCCAUGAUCUGGACAUCACCCAAGAGAUCUGAUGCUUACAGAUCCGCUACACAUCAAAGACAAGCUUAUUUUGACGAGAAAAAUCGAAAAUCAAACGUAACGACACCUAAGUCAGAUUCAACUGACACCACCACUUCGAGACCCUUACACAACAACACCCACACUGCUGCACAGAGGUUACAGUCCAGAACAAGAUCAAACUAUGGCCAGAGUAGACCUUCUAUCUCCAUGUCUUUCACAACGUACAGUUCCGACAUUCGUGGUCGUGAAAUCGAAUCUCGAUCUAUCAGUCCGCCCUAUCCAUCUCACAUUUCACAAACACUACUACUAACUCCUUCCAUCGGCUCACUUCUACCAUCGCCACCAGAGGAAAUAACGAUUUGCCGUUCUUAUUCCCCAGAAACCACAGGACCUUCUUUCAUCGAGACGCCUAGUGGUACAUAUUCAAGCUCACAGCAAACUUACGACCAAGAUUCUCAGCUAUCACACAUACCAUCAGCUCAGCCCUACGGAUACACACCCCUUGGCUACUCUCCGCCCCCGAUGUCUUCUCCAAGUUUACUCCCGUCCCCGCCAAUGACACAAUCCACAGAGGAAGGAUUCCGCUCAUAUCAGCCGCCUAUGUCCCCCACAUUCUCAGCCUCUUCCCGCCGCUACUCCUCACUGACAGGUCGCCGUCUGCCCGAUGACUCGGCUAUAUCAGACUCAAGAUUAGACGACCUUCCGGAAUCAGAGCUGUUUGACUCGGUUCUCGAGGGGAUUGGACGCAUUCAUGUUUCAAUGGGUCGGGAUGAUGCAGGCAGGUGGCGAAUACAACGGGCCACUGACGAGAGACCAUAG